GGACACUCCAACACCUCGAUGUCUUCCGCCAUUGCCACUUCCUGGCGCCGCCAAUGUCAAGAACUCAGGCUCCAAAAGCGCCAUUAUGGAACUGCGAGCGUUGAGCCAGAAUCGCCAAAGUCCAUUUCUGACAAGCUCCUGUAUAUAAAGUAUUUGAAUCUCCUGGAUCUCCUGGAUCGAGAUUUCGUGAUCACAUGCCGAUAGACCACGCUUAGCCCAACAGCAAUGAAGGCGCCCCCAGCUAAGACCAAGCGAAAGGUUAUAUUCAGUACGAGUAAAGCCUCGUUGAAAAUAUGUGAUGGGAAAACUGAAGCACCUCAUUACGAACAUGCGCCCAUGCAGCUUUCACAUCUAGGUAGUCCUUGGAGACGUUACAGGGAUGUCCUGACUCUGCUGGGCAUGGGCGACGAAAUCAUCAUUGCAAGCGAACAUGAGGCGCCAACGAAACGUGUUGGAGUCAGGAAAUUCCAUCGCGGCGAGCGGGACAUUGAAACCCUAUCUCGGUUUCGGGCUUUGCGGCAUGUCAACAUUGUAGCCGCUGUCGAGGCUUUCAUCGGCCAAGAGAUACUCUACGUCGCCUUUGAGGAGAUGCAUAUGCCUCUUGAAAACAUCGUACGGUGUCCACGCAGGCCGACAAGCAACGAGGUAGGCGUGAUAUUGGGCCAGGUUCUGGACGGCCUCGCAUAUCUCGAACUCCAUCAACUUUACCACAGUUAUCUAAGCUGCGAGACUGUCCUUGUUCAUGCAGACGGAGACGUCAAAAUUGGGAUGCAGGAGCAAUGCCGCGCGGCUACCCCUCAGGGAAAGAAACAAAAUGUCAUGGAGGUGGGCACGAUGGCCAUGAAGCUCAUGCAGGGGUACUCGUCGGAGGAUGGGGAGGUUGGCGUGGAAGACAACACCGGCUGGUCCGAUUCGAUCCUGGCUGUAUUAUCUUCUGUCGCAUCUUGCGAUGGGGCUAGUCAACUGCGCAAGAACGCCUUCUUUACACAAUUAUGGAAAAAGGAGUCUCGGUGGCCGAAAGAGACCCUCUGCGACCUCAUUGUGACAACUCUGAUUUCAGUGCACAGAUACUAUAAGUAUAAGCCGCAGACCUUCCUGUAAUACUUUACCGGGAGCUGCCAUCACACUCUAGUCGAGCCAUCCACUGGCAGUUCAGUCAAUCAUCAAGUGUUCGCCUUAGGGCUUGUGUUGCCACGCUACUUCCCAGUACCAGGUGGACCGCAGAGGAGAUAUCCUCGCCAAUAUGGAAGUGCUCGUUGGACCAUAGCAACGUUUCGUUCCAGGGACAAGGAAGUCUUUGA